GUGUAUACACUUUGUGUAAACGGUAUUAAAUUGUUUCACACAAAAUUAUUAGACUGAUUUGUAAAUAGAAGAAAAAAAAAAAAAAAAAAGGUGGAAUUGAAAUAACUUUGUCACUUGCUGUGGAUCACAAUAUUCCAGCUGGAAAAUGAUAAUAAGUAUACUGCAGUGCUGCAAAAGUAGGCUCAGGCCCAUAGCUGGUGUAACGAAAUUUGUGCAGUCGAGGUCCUGCACGAUGAUGAAGACCUCUGAGAAAAUGGAGCUGUUGUUGAAGAAGAGGGACCACAUACCUCUGAGCUACGAGCUCGUUUACCGUCAAAAAAAUUACGUAUUUCAACACAUAAUGUACUACUCGGUAAACAUCAUAGCUUUCAUCAGUCUGAGUGGGGGAAUUUACUUUGGAUAUCAGUUGUACAAGGAUCCAAAGUACUUCAUAAGCGAAGAUUUUGAGGAAAAUCCAGAGCAACUUUUAGCUUUCAUGGUGGUUAAUGUGUUUAUGCUGUUUGCAGCAAAUCUUUUGAGAUCACGCUGGCCUUUGAGGAUAUACAGGGAUCCAAAUAAGGGCGGAUAUCGAGCUGUAUUUAUCAGUAGGGUACCUUUUCAUUUGGAGUAUUACGAAUUUCCAGCAAAGAGCUUGAGUUACAAGUCCAAGGAAUCUAAACUUCCCUGGAAUUCUGUGACGUUCAAGAUUGAGAACCAGAAAAGAAAAAUAAUUUUGUUCGACAACUUGUUUAGGAACCACAAUGAUUUUUACCAGAUGCUCAGAUCUGAUCAGCUUGAUUUUUAAAUUUUUUUU